GCCUCUUAUAUCGGUUAAAUGUAAAAUGACUAAACAUGUCGUUUGUAUUUCCAUGAGGUGCUAGUUUAGAGUUGGAGAAGGACCUCAGCACUGUAAUACUGAGAGCUAGCUGAAUUGUUAGCUAGCUUUGACAAACUUAUCGUGUGAACCGGUAUUGGCAAUUGCUUGCUGGCUAGUUGUAUUAUUUGGAGUAAGACAUCUAUACACCUAGCUGAUACAAACCGCGUAAAGCCAAUUUCAGAAACUGAAGGAUGCCUAAAAAGAAGACUGGUGCCCGUAAGAAGGCAGAGAACCGCAAGGAACGGGAGAAACAGACUCGAGCUAAUAAAGGCUUUGUUGACGUGGCGAAGGCAGCCUGCAAUUCGGCAAUGGAAUGUGACAAAUGCCAAAGACGGCAGAAGAACCGAGCGUUUUGCUAUUUCUGUGCCAACGUGCAGAAGCUUCCCCAGUGCGGUCAAUGCGGGAAAACCAAAUGCAUGAAGUCUUCAGACUGUGUCAUCAAGCACCCAGGGGUCCACGCUACGGGAAUGGGCAUGGUGGGGGCGGUGUGUGACUUCUGCGAGGCCUGGGUGUGUCAUGGACGGAAGUGCCUGAGUACCCAUGCCUGCACAUGUCCUCUCAUGGAUGCCGACUGCAUCGAGUGUGAACGCUGUGUCUGGGACCAUGGAGGGAGAGUAUAUCGUUGCUCCUUCUGCCAUAACUUCCUGUGUGAGGACGAUCAGUUUGAGCACCAAGCCAGUUGCCAGGUCCUGGAAGCAGAGACGUACAAAUGUGCUUCCUGCAAUAGACUGGGGCAACACUCUUGCCUACGCUGCAAGGCCUGUUUCUGUGACGACCAUGUGAGGAGUAAAGUGUUCAAACAGGACAAAGGCAAAAAUCCGCCCUGCCCCAAGUGUGGCCAUGAGACCCAGGAGACCAAAGACCUCAGCAUGUCCACCCGUACAACCAAGUUUGGCCGGCAGAGUGGUGCUGACGAGGACAGCUAUGGCUAUGGCGGUUAUGGAGCCUCUGGCUAUGACUCCUACUGGAAGAACGUGUCUUCGUCCGAAGGUGGGGAGGGAGACCAGGAGGACGACGACAGUGAUGAUGACGAUGAUGAUGACGAUGAGGAGGAGGAGGAGGAAGACGAGGAGGAGGAGGAAGACAAUGAAGAGGUGGCCGACUCCCUGGCCAGUCUUAACAUCAAAGAGACUCCGGCUACUGGAGCGUCCAACUAGGUUGAGGUCUCCAUCAGAUCUCUCCCCCUCUUAGGCUUCUCACAGGGGGAUUACAAAAUGAGACUGCGUGCAACACAUUGCAGUACACUUUCCAACUAUGUUUAGUGUCGGCUCAUUACACUAUGUUCUGCUUGAUGUUUCUGUACUUGGUCGUGGGUGUGCUGGUAAAGAGUCUGCCGGUAAAUGAUUAUCAAAGGGCUCUUUGUUGGCCUUUUUAAUUUGUAGGCUAAAUUAAUGUAACAAACUGGUCAAAUAGUUUUAUCCAGAGCUGAAGUAGAAUUCUAAAGCUCUUUGCUCUAUGGCAUUCUGGUAAAUGCACUACAAAUUGUUUGAAGAGUAGCAGUCUGUUUGAUCAACUAAGAACUGAAAUAAAGAGAGAAAUUAAAAUUGUCUUAUUCAUGAAGAUUAACAUGCAUCCAUACGUCAAUCUGAACAUUAUAUUGUAGAUUUAUCCAGGAAAAAGCAAGUAGCUGAGAUUAUGGGGCAGCGCCUCAGUGAGCUCCUGGACAGUCUGUGGCACUACAUGGUGGCGUCGGAUGCACCAAUACAUAACGUCCCAGAGGUUCUCAAUUGGAUUCAGGUCUGGGGAAGGUGAGGGCCAGACAAUAGCAUCAAUGCCAUUGUCAUCCAGUCUACAUACUCUGGCCGCAUGGGGCUGAGUAUUGUUCUGGACCAAGAGAAACACAGGGACCACUGCACCAGCGCAAGGUUUGACAAUGGGUCUGAGGAUUUCAUCCCGGU